AUGCAUGCUUCUGAUUCUGUAGCCGGGACAGGGUGGUACAGGCGGGGUUGGCGGGGGUCGGGCGGCCUUCGUUCAAUACGCGCGCGCGCCACGCUGCACGCUCGCCCGUUGCUCCUCGUCGUCACUCGUCAGUCGCUUUUAAACGCCCCUUGCGUUUGGUCAGUGACAACGCCGGCUGAUAUCCGAUACACUACGCUACCGAUAUUUCAAAACCUUAUCGUGAAGUUGAAAUGUUUGGCUAAGUGA